GUGCAGAUGAUACCAGGCGAUUGUUUCGGUGAUGACUCUGACACGAGGUGGAUGGCUUGAUCAGAUGUGAGGAGUUCGGUGUGCAGGAGCGGCGAUAUAUUGAAGGGUAACGGCACUGGUUGAUCUUCGGCUACAUAGCAUUGGAAUGUCGUCUCAUUUGCAUAGGUGUCACUUCCUUCUCUGGACAAGAAAUCAGCAGUUUGAUUUCGUUUACCUGGCAGGCAAGUCGGGUGAACCUGAGAUUUCGGCCGUUGAAGAGGAAGGACAGGUAAUCUCGAGAUUCUUCGGCCACUUGUACCUGCCAAUAUCCGGCGCUGAGGUCGACGGUGGAGUAUAUGGUCUUGCCAUGGAACGUCUGCAACACCUGAUCGAUCUGGGCGGGAGCUUCACGGUCGUCGUCGAGAAUCAUGUUCAGCUGGCGGGCGUCGAGACAGAGUCGGGUGGAGCCGUCCUUCUUCGAAACGCAGGUAAUACCAGGAAGGAGUAUGGGAAGCACUUUCCUUCGACUUGGAUCUCCAGGAGGCAUUGUUUAGAUAUUCGGAGACGACGUCCUGGUGUGACACCUGAUAGGUAGGUUGAGGUUAACGGUAAUGUGGCUAUUUCUGUUAUGUUUUUCAGGCGGGAAUAAGAAUCAUUCUGGAUUAAGCUAACUUGUGAUCCAGUAUCUAUGAGAGCUUUGAAUUGUAGGCUGGCUAUUUGUAUGGUUAUAUAGGUUUGAAAAUGUUCAUGUAUUUCUUGGAUGCUGGAGUUUUCUUCUUCUAGCAAGGUUUCUCUGAUGUUAUUAUAUAGCGCGGUAAGACAUGUAGGUUCUUUUCCUGUAUCUGGAGCAGUGAGGUUGUCUAGAUUUUCCAUUUUAUUCGUUUUUGCAGGUUGGGUGGGCUUAAACCGUAUAGAGCGGCAACGACGGUAGAUUCCUCUGAGUUUCGGUUGUUUACCUUGG